AUGGCGGAACGAGAGGCCAUUGCCAUUGUUGGCUACGCCUACAGAGUCCCGGAAGUUGGCCGAAAGGACCUGUGGGCCUUGCUCGAACAAGCCAGAUCCGCCUGGUCCCAGAUUCCCGCAAACCGGUUCGAUCAUGAUGCCUACGCCCAUCCUGAAGCCAGUAAACCCGGCUGCAUCGCAUCGCAGGGAGGCUACUUCAUCCCCGGAGAUGUCUACACUUUCGAUCCCGCCUUCUUCAACAUCAAGGCUGAAGAAGCCCGACGCCUCGAUCCGCAAGUGCGCCUGGCGCUGGAGACGGCCUUUGAGGCGCUGGAGAAUGCGGGCAUUCCUCUGGAUCUGGUCGCGGGGGCCAACAUCGGCGUGUUUGCCGCCAACACCUGGAUGUCAUCCGUCAACGAAUCCAUCAUGGAUGGCCCGACGACUUCGAAAUACACCUGCCCCUCUGCCUCGGGGUGCAUGUUUGCAAACCGGUUGUCUCACUUCUUCGACCUGGCUGGCCCGUCGAUGUCAAUCGAUGCUGCGUGCGCCGGCAGCUCUUCAGCCUUGCAUGUCGCCACACAGAGCAUAUGGACCGGCGAUUGCGAUGCAGCUCUGGUGUCUGGCGUUUCGUUGGCGACCUCCGAAGCCCUCUUCUCCAUCUUUGAUACCAUGGGAGCUCUUUCGACCCCGGGCAAGUGUUUCUCCUAUGACGCUCAAGCUUGCGGCUAUGGUCGCGGUGAAGGUGCAUCUUGUCUUUACCUUAAACCUCUGCGGCAUGCUGUACGUGACGGCGACCCCAUACGAGCCGUAAUUAGGAAUACCGAGUGCGGCCAUGCAGGUCGAACUGACGGUAUCACACUCCCUUCCGGCAUGGCACAGGAAGUGCUGCUGCGGCGUGUACAUGAUAGGAUAGGGUGGGACACGGCAGACACCCAUGUCGUCGAAGGACACGGGACAGGAACCAUGGCCGGGUUAGUGAAUGUUAUGACUCCGUGGAUGCACAUUUCUAAUCAGUAUACUACCUCAGAGAUCCAAUCGAAGCCAACGCCAUCAUCUCGGCCCUCGGGGCGAAGCGAUCUUCCACAGACCCGAUUUAUUUGGGCUCGAUCAAAUCCAACAUUGGGUCAACAUACGGAAACUGCAAGCGGUCUACUCUCAAUCAUCAAGGCCACCAUGAUGCUGGAACAACGAAGAGUAUUGCCUACGUGUGGGUUCCAACAAUUGAACCCUGCUAUUGGCCGCGGGGACAAGCUACGAGUGUUGAAGGAGUCCAUGCCAUGGCCGACCGGGGCACCAAGACGGAUAUGCGUGUCCAACUACGGUUACGGAGGCAGCAUGGCCGUUGCCUUGCUAGAAGCGUUUGAAGGUGACGAGGACAGCACGACGUCUCCAUCAUCUGCACUGACAACAUCCGACAAUGAACUCCAGGAGCAUCAAAAUCAUCUUUUCGUCUUCUCUGCACGAUCCGAGUCGAGUCUGCGCUCCUACCUGGCUGCGUUUGCUGAAUAUCUGGAGGACGUAGAGGACACACCUGGCAAGGCUCGUCACCUAGCGUACACUUUAGGCCGGCGUCGGACGAAUUUUCCAUAUCGAAUCGGUGUACCCGCCAACUGCUUGGUUCAACUACGUGACCGACUGCGUGAGCAUGUCAAUUCUGCCUCGAAGAUUCACCGCGCCAAUCCCAAGUUACAGAUUGCCUUCAUGUUUACCGGCCAGGGAGCUCAAUACGCCCAGAUGGCACAAGGACUCGACCGCCAGGAUGUCUUUUCUGCCUUUAUCAGGAGAGCUGAUGAAUAUCUCGUCACGUCUCUCGGCUGUCCCUGGUCUUUGCGAGAGGAACUCAGCAAAUCCCCUGAGCACUCCCGCUUAGGAGAGGCUGUCAUCAGCCAACCUGCGUGCACAGCAGUCCAAAUUGCACUAGUGGAGCUUCUGAGGUCUUGGAAUGUCACUCCUUCACUAGUAUUUGGACACUCGAGUGGAGAGAUUGCGGCAACUUAUGCUGCCAAUUAUGUUCCCUUCGAAACAGCUAUGGCGGUGGCGUUCUACCGCGGCGAAGCCGCCUCCCGUGUUCGGCAAGACGACAGCAUCGCCGGAGCCAUGCUGGCAGUCGGCGCAUCUGCUAGACAUGUUCGAGAGUGGUUGCCAUGUCAGAGCGGCUACGCUACCAUUGCCGCCAUCAAUAGCGACGCCAGCGUGACCUUGUCGGGAGACGCAUCUGCAAUGUCCGAACUGGAAAAGAUUGCAGUUUCGGAAGGCCUGUUCGCACGACGUCUGAAUGUGGAUGUUGCUUAUCACUCCAAGCACAUGGAAUCGGCAUCUGCAUCGUACUUGGAGGAUCUUCAAUCGUGCUACCAAUCCGGUCACCACGUCCUAUCCACUAGGGACAUCGCCUUUGUGUCUACUGUGUCCGGACGCCUAGAAAGCAGGCAUGCGAUUGAUCCAUCCUACUGGGUUCGUAACCUUGUUGAACCGGUCCGCUUCGUCGACGCGGUGGAGGCGAUCUUUUCACGUUCUAAUGUUACUCCUGACGUGGUCAUGGAAAUUGGCCCACACUCGGCUCUCAAAGGACCAUUGAACCAAACAUUGGCUUCCUUGCGGAAUGAUGAAGAGGGUGUUCAAGUGAAGUAUUUGCCAACACUCACGCGAGGCGCGCCUGCAGAAGAUGCGCUGUUGUUGUGUGCUGCUCGCUCUCUUGCCUGUGGUGUAGGGGUGAGUGUCACAUCUGUGGACCGGACCGAAGGAUGUCGAGUGCUUACAGAUCUACCWUCAUAUGAUUGGGAUCACUCUGUCCGGUACAUUGAAGAGUCUCGUAUCGCUCACGCUCGGAAGGCGCCUGCUAGCCCCUAUCAUGCACUUUUGGGCUGGCGAAGUCCAUACAACGAAGGAGCCGAUUGCUCUUUCCGCCAGGUCUUCACAUUGGACGAGAUGCCUGGACUCCGAGACCAUGUUGUCUCUGGCGAGGUCGUGUUCCCCAUGACCGGAUAUCUUGAGCUAGCCAUGGCGGCUGGGCGCACUCUCAGUCAUGGAGCUGCAGUUGGUUUCACCAUCUCCGAAUUUCGGGCUAUACGGAGCUUGACGAUUGAAGAAGAAGAGCUUGUUGAGAUUGUGACGAAACUCAUUCCUCUCCGGAGCGGAGAUGGCACGGUAACAGCAAACAUGUGGAACUUUGAGAUAUGGACAUGGUCGAAAGUCAGAUCAUGGACAUCACAUUGCCAUGGCAUUAUAGCGGCCGAUGCUUUGCUCGAAGUACAGAGUGCUGCAGCUGGUGUCGCCGCAUCGCUUCUCCGCCACGAGCUAUCCGAGAGUCUGGACAUGGUACGCGAAUACAAGACGGCGGCAGCUAUCGGCCUCGACUAUGGGCCCACCUUUGCAUGCACCACUGGGCUUUGGGAGCUGCCCGAAAGUAAUGCAGCGGUGCAUGAAAUAGACGUUCAAGAUCUCUUUUCAUCAUCGGAUGAUGGGAGUGUCCGCCUUAACAUGGCCAAAAUGGACAAUUUCGUGCAUACUGCCACKCGAGUAGCUGUAAUGGGCACGGAAGCCCCAAGACCAACUCUCAUCCCGACCUACACCCGACGUUUCAGGAUUUUGGACUCCAUUCCAAUGCUCCACGGGCCUGCCAAGCUCCACGGCCCUGCCAAGCUGACGGUCGUCACUCAGCGAGUAAAGGCGGAUGUCAAGUCGGGUACUUAUGUGCUCCACGCCACUGUUUUCGCGCCAUCAGCGACUGGUCCAGUUGCGAUUGCUGACGUUGAGGAGCUGACUUUCCGUUCCAUUGGAGCUGGAAGGGCAUCGCAGUCUCUUGAACAAGCAGAAUCAUAUGAUUGGGAGAUGGUACCCUGUCCCCAGCUCGAUCUGCGCCGACCCAGUAGAGACAGUGUCUCAAUCUGCGUCUGUGGCGGUUUUGGAGAGGAAGACUCGAGUGAACGUCGAUUUGCACAGAUGCUGGUCGACCAGAUAAGUUGCACGCCUGGUAACGUCGCCAGACUUCAGACUUAUUCGGAUCUGGAUUCCAGCUCCGUGGAUCAGGAGUCUUGCUACGUAUUCAUUGAUAACCUCACCCAGAGUGUUACCAGCAGCCUUGACCCCGAGGCCUACAAAACAAUCCAGUCACUGGUCUUACAGAGUGCUGGGGUUUUGUGGGUGGUUGCCGAGGGAAGUACUCCGGAUGCAUACACUAUGAAAGGAUUCCUCCGAUCAUGUCGUCUGGAACAGCCCAGCCAGCCUUUACUAUUUGCCGAGGAAGUGCCUCUCACCUCACAGGGCUCUUCGCUUGUUGCGGAACUCUCUCAGCGCCUCAUCAGCGAUCCUCUAGCGCUUCGAGAUCAGGAGUUCGUGCUGUCUAACGGAGAUGUCCUCGUGCCUCGUCUGCGAGCAACUCCCGAUGCCGCGAGCAUGUUCGGUACAGACAGUCGUCAGACACCGGAAGAGCCGAUCAGCAGGACGCUCCAACCUCUGUCUACAUCCUCCCGGGAAGAGCGUACUUUGCGGAUGACGGUCGAGCCGGUUGGAAGCCUCGAAAACAUAUGUUUUGAGACAAUUGACCUUUUAGCAACGCCACUCGGCGAUGAGGAGAUUGUUAUCAAAGUCCAGGCCGCAGGCAUCAACUUCCGAGAUCUCAUGAUAACACUCGGAACACUACCAUGGGCCCCACCAGGACUAGAAGGAGCUGGUAUUGUGACCAAGGUGGGGAACAAGGUGACUGCUUUCCAAACAGGCGACAGGGUAUUUUAUUCCUGUCUAGAGGGUGCGUACAGCACUUUUGUGCGCAUGGAUUGGCGGCGUGCGCAUAAACUGCCGACCAACAUCGACUUUGUGCAGGGCGCCACACUCGCCGUUCCUUACGGGACAGCCAUAUGGUGUUUACAAAACAUCGCCCGCCUCAAGCGUGGGGAGACGGUUUUGAUUCAUGCCGCCACAGGUGCCGUCGGUCAAAGCUGUGUGGCAGUUGCACAGUCUAUCGGUGCUGAAAUCUUUGCAACUGCAGGCACACCGGCCAAGAGAGAAUUUCUCCACACAUCUCUAGGCAUCGCCAAAGACCACAUUUUUAACAGUCGUACAGGCGCCUUCCGCGACGGAAUUCUUUGUGCAACGAGCGGCAAGGGGGUUGAUGUCAUCGUCAACUCCCUUAGUGGACAGCUGUUGGAGCAAACAUGGCAGAUUAUUGCUGACUGCGGAAGAUUUGUGGAGAUUGGGAAGAAGGAUAUCUUGGCCAACUCAUCGAUUGGGCUACGACCCUUUGAGCGGAAUGUCAGCUUCAGUGCGGUUGAUUUGAAGCUCCUGUUCUUGAGAGAUCCGGACAGUCAGCAGUCAGGCAUGUCCGAAAUUGUCAGCAUGUUCGAGGAGGGUAAAAUCGGUCCCAUCAAGUCCAUCACCGCCAUGCCCAUUUCGGAUCUCCAAGUCGGAUUCCGGAAGCUACAACUGGGCGAUAAUAUCGGCAAAAUGGUCGUCACACUGGACCAGGACGAUAUGGUCCUCGCAGAGGAGGUCCCUGAAAUCUCAUCUGCAAAACAACAGGAUGAACAAGGCCUGAAGCCUAUGUUCCGAGCAGACGCUACCUACAUCAUCACUGGCGGUACUGGCGGUCUCGGACGCUCAAUUGCCCCGUGGAUGAUUGAGAACGGCGCACAGCAUGUCGCCCUACUUGGUCGAAGUGGCGAUGCAAGGCCAGAGGUUGCUGAACUCAUCGAACAGCAUCCGCAAAUUUGUGCCAUUGCUUGCGACGUUGGAACCCGCAGCAGCCUGCUUCGUGCGUUGGAUGAAAUUCGUGCCAAGGGCAUGCCUCCGGUCUGUGGUGUCGUCCAUGGCGCCUUGUAUCUCCGGGAUGCACUUCUGCCGAACACGACCUUCGAAGACUGGCAGAAGACGACGGAGCCCAAGAUCCAGGCCGCGUGGCAUCUUCACGAGUUGCUGCCAGACUUGGAGUUCUUCGUCUGCCUUGCCUCUAUAGCAGGCAUCAUGGGUAACGAAGGACAAGCGAUAUACGGAGGAACCACUACCUUUCUCGAGGCCUUCUCCGCCCAUCGACGCGGGAUGGGGCGUCCUGCAGUCUCUAUCCAACUGCCCGUCAUCGAAGACGCAGGCUACGCGGUAGACCAUGGGCUUAAGGGUGUGCUUCGGGAACAGUUCGGUGCGUGGUUGAACAUGCCUCAAGUGUGCCAAUUGAUCGGGGAUGCGAUCCUCAGUUCUGGUACUCCCACAAACCGAGCCACCAUGUUCAUCCGCGAGCGCAACAGGGCAUCACCCCCAGCCUGGGCGAGAUAUGACAUGUACACCGCGCUACGCCAGGGGGAGAAGGGGGCAGGCGGAGUAGCAGGGCGUGGUCGACAAUACGACGCCGACACUUUCUUGCUCGCUUUGAGUGAGCGUGUGAGUAAGCUGACCAUGAUGGAGCUUGAAGAGGUCGAGCCCGAUUUACCUUUGGAGGAUCUGGGACUCGACUCCCUUGUCUCCGUCGAGCUCCGGAACUGGAUCAGACGUGAGACUGGUUGUGAGCUGGCGCUCAAUCAAGUCUUGACCAUGCCUAAUCUCCGAGCUUUGGCUUGUCAUGCUGUCGCUUCGGAGUAG